GCGCACUCCCUGUGUCAAACCGAGCGCAAGAAGAAGAUCACGAACCAGAGGAGCUCGACCACCGAACCGUCCGUCACCAUGUCGGCGUAGGAGGGAAACAACGCUCAGGGCGAGCAUCUCGUUAACUAACGCGGGGUCCUGACGAUGGCGAGCGAGGAGGAGAGGGGGGUGGUCCGCGUCAAAGUCAAGAAAUGUGACGGGUCACUUCCUGUGGAGUUCCGCUCGUUUGCUGUUGAUCCUCAGAUAACAUCACUUGAGGUCCUGCAGCACAUUCUUAUCAGAGCCUUCGAUUUGAACGGGAAGCGGACUUUUGGGAUCAGCUACCUGUCUGGAGAUCGGAACGGUGCUGAAGUGUAUCUGUCUCUGGCAUCUGACUGGGAUCUGGAUGUUGCGUUUGUCAGUGCGGCCAAACCGUACCUACAGCUGAAGAUGGACGUCAAACCUUCAGAAGACAGUCCUGUCAUGGAGGACUGGGACAUCAUAAGCCCUAAAGAUGUGAUUGGCUCUGAGCAGCUUCUUGGAGAGAGGACGAGGUCUCUGGCGUCUGCAGCUCUGCCCUUCACGCAGUCUCUACUGUCCCAGAUGGGCCGGACCUUGUCUAAAGUCCAGCAAGCCUUCAGCUGGUCCUACGGGGAGGAGAUCAAGCCUUUCAAGCCUCCGCUGACCGAUGCUGAGUUCCACAGUUACCUCAAUGGACAGGGCCAGUUGUCACGACCGGAGGAACUCCGACUGCGAAUCUACCACGGUGGUGUGGAUCCUUCACUGCGCAAGGUUGUUUGGCGGUACCUCCUGAACGUGUACCCCGACGGGCUGAGUGGACAGGAGAGAAUGGACUACAUGAAGAGGAAGACGAGGGAGUAUGACCAGCUGAAGAACGAGUGGACAGCCCGGGUUAGUCACGAGGAUCUGGAAUUCAUCCGGGGGAAUGUUCUCAAAGACGUUCUGAGGACCGACCGGGCUCACCCGUACUACGCUGGCUCAGAGGACAGUCCACAUUUGACUGCACUCACAGACCUGCUCACCACGUUUGCCAUCACACAUCCACAGAUCUCAUACUGUCAAGGCAUGAGUGACAUCGCCUCACCUAUACUUGCAGUAAUGGACAAUGAGGCACACGCCUUCAUUUGCUUUUGUGGCAAUAUGAAACGUUUGGAGGGGAACUUCCGGCCCGAUGGGCAACUCAUGUCGGUGAAGUUCCAGCAUCUGAAGCUGCUCCUGCAGUACUCCGAUCCUGAAUUCUACGCGUACCUGGUGUCCCGAGGAGCCGACGACCUCUUCUUCUGUUACCGCUGGCUGCUUCUGGAGCUCAAGAGAGAAUUUGCGUUUGACGACGCUCUGAGGAUGCUGGAGGUCACCUGGAGCUCCCUGCCUCCAGAUCCCCCGGAAACUGAAGUGGAGCUCCUCGGACCGCCGCUGGAGACCGAUGAAACGGUGACUCGCAAAGACAAAAAUAAGACAGUGGGGAACGGCCUCGGGGAUGAUGAGGAACAAAAAGGGAAGCAGCGAAGGAGACACAUGCUCAGGCCUUCGAGAGAAGAGACAGAUGCGAGCAGGAAUGCUUUCAUACGAGAAAGAGAGAGGCGAGAUGUAAGCGCAGGAACAGGAAGUGAGGGCGGGGAUUCUAAUCAGGUGAGCCUGGAAAAGGCCGAUUUGCAGGCUCCUCCUUUUGAGAAGCAAAAUAGUUUUGGAGAGUUUAAAUACUACACUGCCCGAAACGAAGACAGCUUUGAUGCUGAAGAUGCAGAGCAGCCACAGGGUUUGGUGGCUUCAAAGUCGGCACCAAACAUUCCAAGGCGGCAGUCCACAGUCGACAGUGAGGAGGACCCAGGAGAGAAAACACCUCUGAUAAAGAACUGUGAAAUUGGUUUCUCUCCAAUGUCAUCACCCCCCCUCUUUUCUGGUGAGCUUCCGAUCUGGAAAGCUGGCUCCUCACCAACAUCUUCGGCUUCAGCCUCCAGCUGGCCAGGAGCUUCUCCAGACUCUCCUCCAGAAUCCAACUCACUAUCCACAAGCAAUGGAAGAGAGGCCUUACAUAGCACUGUUCCAAAAGUAUUGACUUCCUCUGCCCAAGUGCUCAGCGGUACGGGGAUCAACUCAACCCCCGUUGUAAAAACAUCUGUUGCGUCCCCCUCGCACACUCAGAAUCAAUCCCUACUCUCUUCACCCAUUCUGUCCUUUGGAAGAGCCCCCGCAUUGUCCGGCAGCAGGUCGUCCACCAUCAAUCUUCCUUCACCUGGCAACAAAUCCCCCUGCACCACGGCGAACACGCCUAGUUCUCUGAAGGCUGAGACCACCAGCAUCAAGUAUUGUUCCCUGCCGCCUCCGCAAGAGUUUGGCAAGGGCAACCCCUUCAUGCUGUUCCUGUGCCUGUCCAUCCUGCUGGAGCACCGCGACCACAUCAUCAAGAACAGCUUGGAUUACAAUGAGCUGGCCAUGCACUUUGAUCGCCUCGUGCGGCGCCACAACCUGAGUCGGGUGCUGCAGCGAGCCAAGGCCUUAUUCGCGGACUAUUUGCAGAGUGAAGUGUGGGACUCAGAGGAAGGGGACGAGGUUAGCUCCGACUCCCCGACGACAGUGACCACUGCGCAGCCCAUUUACAGCCCUUUGGCGUCGCCUCCACUAUCAUCUCCAAACUCAACCUAUAACCUCGCAACCACCAUUCCCUCCCCGACAGCUCAAGUUUCCCUGUCCCCCACCUCCUGAUUCUGUCUUGCAUCAGUUUAAAAGACUGACUCCGGCCUGUUGGCGGAGUCCUUUUUUUUUAGCCAGCCUUCCAAAUCGAAUUGGGCUGUCAAUUAUCUUCUCAUUCUGUGUAUGCUCGAAUAUAUAUUUAUAUUCCUUAUGUCAGUCGUUAUUGUAAUGUUUUCUUUUCUUCUUAACCCUUCCAGUUGGUAGAAGGGUUAAUGUCUGUCCUCCAAUCUCGUCAGGUCGUCUAUGGAGGCUGAAGCAUGACGUUUUAAAACUUGUGGUUCAGGUUCUAACUCCGACCCGGUGCAUUCAGCCUGAGUUUCCCUCUUUUAAUUCACUUUGUUUACAAGCUCAUGUUGUGUCCACUAAGCCACAAACGUGUCUUAACUAAAGCACUCAAAGGACUCCAGCUGAUAACACAGGGGAAACAAGACUGAUUCAUCGAAAGUCAAGGUUUCUUUUUCGUGAGGACUUCAGCAGAAACAACUGAACUUAUUAACCGAACUCCCAGUCGUCAGUAGGUCGGAACUAUAUACUGAUGACAAAACCAGCACAAAUAUAAACCCACCCUCCUGACCCAGUCUGUCUCCAUUAGCUUUGCCUCUGUCUAUUUGUCUAUUUUUGGUGAAAUCGCCAGAUGAUGUCAUCCAGGUCAUCUCAUUUUGGGACUGGAGAUUACACCUUUAUAGCAUAAACCUUGGCUUGCAGAUUUCGGAAUACAUGGGCACGCGUGGGUCUUAUAAAGAAAUCCUACUGAAUUGCAUUAUGGGAAAUGGAAGAUCCAGAGUUUCCUGAAAGUGCUAACUCCCAUCACAUGCUGAUGUGAACCAGUCGGCUGGACUUUGACUUUGACUCCCAAGUGCUGUUGCAUCUGGAAUUUGAUGGCAUGAUAAGAUACUCAGAGACCAGGGUACCACACUCCACCACGUUUCAUUUUGCAUUAACACCAGAGCCGGACCAGUGUGUCGAUCUAUCUAUCGGUUUGCCGAUAAUGUCUGUUGAUACGAGCAUUUCACGGACACGUCGGUGUCUGCUUUUAUUGUUUGCCAAUUUUGCGCUGAUAUGAAAACAUUCAUUUCACGGAAUAAACUGCGGGAAAAACGUGCCUUUAUGUUUGCAUUUGACAUAAAGAAAUGUUUAUUUUCUUAAUUCAAGUUCGACAUACUUAGUUGUAUUUUUGUGUUAUCUUUUUAUUUUUUACAGUUAUUUAUGAUUAUGGUUAAACUAAAAUAUCAAGCAUCAAUUACAUUUGUUUUGUCAUGAGGCUGUGAUAGCAGUGAUUAAGAAUCAUUGCCAAUUUUAAAAAAAAAAAUAUAUAUAUAUAUAUAUAUAUAUAUAUAUAUAUUAUAUAUAUUUAUCUGUAUCGGAAAUGUUUUACUCCCUAAUAUCAGCAUUGUAUCAACAUCGUUCUCCAAACAUCCAUAUUGAUCAAACUCUGUAGAUGAGCCAUAAAGAACUUGUGUCUUUUAGCCUUUAGUCGUCGCCAUGAGCUUCCUGCUUGUGUUAAAGAGAAGAUGAUGGUUGGUGACGAAGAGGGGACGUGUAGCUGAGGUUUGCAGAGAUUUUGGGUCAAUUAGUAUGUACCAGUGACAUGUCUGUUAUUCUAACAGUUUUUAUAUAGUAAUGGGUGUGUUGUGUUAUUUUAUUAUUUGCUGUCACAGUUUUGAAUGUGAUUCAGCUCAGAACAAAGCCUCUGAUCCUUCAUCCUGUCAUGUCACAAAUGAUGGUGUGUGGGUGCACUACUGUAGAGAGCAGUUAGGUGUGGAUCUACAUGUACUAAUACACUUUAUGGAAUCAUACAGUCAAACUUCAACAGUAGUAAAGGGAGUACUGUAUAUGAGUUAUUGCUUCGGCGGGUCAUUACUCAGAGACAUCAUUUCAGCACUUUGGUUAUUGCUGUUUCCCCAAAGACAUUUUGUCUUCUUGCUGUGUUUUGUGUUGACAUUUCAAAGACACCAUGGAGACUUUUGUCUAGAAGAGGUUGAUUUAAUGGAGGUGUCACACAUGGCAGUUUUUCUGUUUGCUUUGUGUGGGUGCUGAACGUAACUGAGUCCUGCCUGCGUAUUCAUUUUCUCAACAGUGGAUCCUUCAAUGUCAACGACGUCCUAAUGAAAAAUAUGAUUUUGACAUGUCCAAUGAUACAGAUAUGAGCCCAUGUGCGAUGUUUCGGAAGAGAAGUGCCUCACUUGUUGAAAUCAUUAGUCUUAAUUUUUAUUUUUAUCGCUCUACAUCAUGUCUUAUAGGCUGAUCCAAAAGACUGGAUUGUAUCACUACAUGGUGUUCACUACAUAGUGUUCACUACAUGGUGUACACUACAUGGUGUUCACUACACAGUGUACACUACAUGGUGUACACUACAUGGUGUUCACUACAUAGUGUUCACUACAUGGUGUACACUACAUGAUGUUCACUACAAGGUGUACACUACAUGGUGCUCACUACAUGGUGUACACUACAUGGUGCACACUGCAUGGUGUACACUACAUAGUGUUCACUACAUGGUGUACACUACAUGGUGUUCACUACAUAGUGUUCACUACACGUUGCACACUACAUGGUGUUCACUACAUAGUGUUCACUACAUAGUGUUCACUACAUGGUGUACACUACAUGGUGUUCACUACAUGGUGUACACUACAUGGUGUUCACUACAAGGUGUACACUACAUGGUGUUCACUACAAGGUGUACACUACAUGGUGUACACUACAUGAUGUUCACUACAAGGUGUACACUACAUGGUGCUCACUACAUGGUGUACACUACAUGGUGCACACUGCAUGGUGUACACUACAUAGUGUUCACUACAUGGUGUACACUACAUGGUGUUCACUACAUAGUGUUCACUACAUGGUGCACACUACAUGGUGUUCACUACAUAGUGUUCACUACAUGGUGUACACUACAUGGUGUUCACUACAUGGUGUACACUACAUGGUGUUCACUACAAGGUGUACACUACAUGGUGUUCACUACAAGGUGUACACUACAUGGUGUACACUACAUGGUGUUCACUACAUGGUGUACACUACAUGGUGUGCACUCCAUGGUGUUCACUACAUGGUGUACACUACAUGGUGUUCACUACAUGGUGUACACUACAUGGUGUGCACUCCAUGGUGUUCACUACAUGGUGUACACUCCAUGGUGUUCACUACAUGGUGUACACUACAUGGUGUUCACUACAUGGUGUACACUACAUGGUGUGCACUCCAUGGUGUUCACUACAUGGUGUAGACUACAUGGUGUUCACUACAUGGUGUAGACUACAUGGUGUUCACUUCAUGGUGUACACUACAUGGUGUUCACUUCAUGGUGUACACUACAUGGUGUACACUACAUGGUGUACACAAUGAUUCCCAGGUUCCCUCCCGGCCUGUCGUUGAUGUUUGGGUCCCAGACACAAUUCAGUAACAUGGAAAACUGAGGAAACGCAUCUGGAGUGGGUCCCUUAAAAUGUCUCUCAGCAUUGUUAACCUUUAAGACUAAACGCUCAGUAAUGUGUUUUCAAAAGGCUGUACAGGGAGUGUGAUGCGAGCUUUAGUUCAAACUCUAUUACUACAUCAACCACUUGGUAAAGACUUUCUGGCAGAAACGCAAACUUCUCCCGUGAACAAGUGUCAUUGCUCCACCUAAAAAAGGGAUUCCAUCUCUGAGAAAUGCUUCUGUUUGUAGCUGAAGCUAACGCGGUCUUUAGAAAGACCCUUGUGUUUAUUGUGGUUAUUACUCAUUCAUUUGGUUAUUGCCACUUUUGUACAUCCGUAUUUAAUAGCAUCUUUAAAAAAGUACUGAAGUUACUGGACUAGCUGGACUAUGAGAUCGCAAUAUGCACAUUUGUAAAGACGUACUUGUUUGUCUCAUUACAUGAUAUGAAUGUGCACAAACUUGAACUUUUUAAUCAUACAUACACAACGGUGUUGCUGAUUGUAUAUCGGACACAAAUAAAUAAUAAUCAGCGCAA